AGCAGUGUUACCCGAUGCCCAGACCUUAGCAUAAAUAUCUUAUUAAGUAACGUGGUGGUCAAUACUUUGAAGAGAAAAAAUAUCGAUGAAACCACACUAUAACGAGUCAGCUAUAUUAUGUUGUUCCCACGCGAGCUACCGCAUUAAAAUAAAUUAUUCUGAUUCUAUUUUACGCCGCUUAACACGACUGUUGCAAAAAAUUCUUUAGUAACGAUUUGAUUCGCAGCUAGUGUAUUCGUCCGGCUUUUUCAAAUAUCGCGCUUGUUUGUGAACGAUCGAUAUUAGUGAUUAGGUAUUUUGUUACAUCAGAAGGAAGGAAUUAUGUCGUUCUGGACUAACUUUACAGCAUCUUUAAGAAACUUUGGAAACAGGAUCGGACAGUUAUUUACAAAAAAGAAAACAGAAGUCGUUGAAGAGGUCAAUGAAGCAGAAGAACAAGUACAAGAUGUAGUAGAAGAGAAAGUGAAGAAAACCAACGAAGUAUUAGAAAGAACUAAGAGUGAUGCAAGAAAAAUAGCUGAAGAAGCUGCCAAGGAAGUCAGAAAGACGAAAUCAAACAUCGACGAAGACCUACAAACAGCAGGAAAGCAAUUUGAUUCCCAAGUUCAACAAACCGCCCAAAAUGCCAACGAUUCUGUACAAGGAACUUUACUCAACCUAGGACAAAGUGUCGACAACAAACUUCGAGAAACUGAGCAAGCAGUCGGAGAAAAACUACACAACGCCGCCGCAACUGCCGAAGACAAGAAAAAAGAAUUUGUUCAAGGAGCCCAAAAUUUGGCCUCUAAUAUCGAUAACAAAGUACGCGAAGCCGAAGAAGCCGCCGCCAGAAAAGCUAGAGAAUCUGUAGAACGCGCUCAGGAAUAUGCCAGGAACGUCGAUAACAAAAUCAAAGAAACCGAACGAUCAGUUGCAAACAAAGCCAAAGAAGGUGCGGAAGGAAUCCAGAACCUAGCCAGAAACGUGGAUAAUAAAAUCAAAGAAACCGAACAAGCUACCGCCCAAGUUGCUCAGAACUUAGCAAAAUCAGCUGACGAUAAACUUAAACAAGCAGAACAAUCUGUAGCAAACAAAGCUAAGGAAACAGCCGAAGGCGCUAAAAACCUAGCCAAAUCCGUUGACGACAAAAUAAAACAAACUGAAGAUAUCGCUGCACAGAAGGCCAGAGAUGCUGCAGCGGCUGCUCAGAAUUUUGCUAAAACAACUGAACAGUCUCUAGCCAAUAAAGGAAGAGAAACAGUUGAAGGUAUUCAGAGCUUUGCUAGAAACGUCGACACAAAAGUAAAAGAGUCUGAAGAAGCAGCGGCCCAAAAAGCUAGAGAGGCGGCCGAUUCAGCUAAAAAUUUAGCCAGAAGUGUCGACGAUAAGGUAAAACAAGCUGAAAAAGCUGCAGCUGAUAAGGCCAAAGAAGCGAUCGAAGGAACACAAAAUCUUGCAAGAAACAUCGAUAAUAAAGUUAGAGAAACUGAAGAGGCGGCUGCUAGAAAAGCCAAAGAAGCUGCAGACGCUAUUGCAGCUGAGAAACAACGUUUGCAAACUGGAGCAGGAAACUUAGCAAAAACCGUUGACGAAAAAGUUAAACACACCCAAGAAGCUGCUGUAAACAAAGCAUUGGAUAUAGGUAGAGGAAUUGACGCCGGAUUCAGAAAUACUCAAAGUGCUGUCGACAAUAAACUAAAAGAGGCGCAACAUUCUGCAGCUGAUGCUUUUACAGCAGGAAAAGAAAAAAUACAGGGCGGCGUACAGAGCCUUGCGCAAAAUGUAGAUAACAAACUAAAAGAAACACAAGACGCUGCAUCCCAAAAAGCCAAUGAAGCCGCCCAAGCAACUCAGAAUCUGGCUAAAAACAUAGAUAAUAAAUUAAGAGACACUCAAAGCGUCAUUACGCAGAAAGCACAGCAAGGUUUGAGCGAUGCUCAAGGAUUUGCACAAGGAAUUGAUAACAAGCUAAAGCAAUCUCAAGAAGCAGCAGCGGAAAAAACUAAAGACGCAGUACAAGCGGCGCAGAACUUGGCCAAAAGCGCGGAUAAUAAACUAAAUCAAUUUGAACAAUCUGUUGCGAACAAGGCGAAGGAAAGUUACGAGGGAGCGCAGAAUUUUGCGAGAAACGUCGACAGGAGUGUAAAAAAUGCUGAAGAAGCUGCAGCUCAAAAAGCUAGAGAAGCAGCGGAGGCAGCAAGAAACUUGGCAAGGAACACAGCUGCUGAGGCUGAAGCUGAGAAACAGCGACUUGCUCAAGGGGCCCAGAAUGUUGCACAAAACGUCAAUGCAGGAUUCCAUGCUUUUGGUAGUGCAAUCAACCAGAGGGCCCAAGAUGUGAAUGCUGGUCUUCACAAUGCAGAAAUAUCCCUUGAAAAUAAACUAAGGCAAACCGGUCACCAAAUUGACAAUAAACUCUCUGAGACAGGAAAAAAUUUGAAUGAAUCUCUCUCACAUGGUUUAGACGAAAGCAAUAAAAGAGCACAUGCUGGUAUUGAUGAUGUUACUGACAUAGCCUCAAACAUAUUUGGAAAAGGAAUUAUACCUAAAUAAUAGGUGAAUCCAAUGGAUUUUGUAUUCCUUGCUUGAAAUAUAUAUAUUACUAUUUUUAAUAUAUUCAUAUAUUAAGAGAAUGUCCAUGUCAAUAUAUGUGCCUAUAAAAUUGUACUAACUUAUAACACUAUUGUAUAAUCUAUUAUACUGUUUCUUCUGUUUUUCUAUUUAUUACUUUUGAUUGUAGGAUAAUACAAACGAUUAGUGAGAAUAAAUGGUAUGAGACUAUGUUUGUAUACACUGAUAUUAGGCAUAAAUUAUUAAGUAUGUGUAUACACCACGUUUUUACAAAGCAUAUGAGAUGUCUGUUUUUUUUAUAAAGAUGUUCCUACCUAAACAAAAUAUAGUUACUUAGAUAGGUAUAUUGGGGAGUCUGAAAAAACCAUUCAUUAAAGAAUAAGCUUAUAACUUCUCUGAAAUGAAUAAAACAUACAUCUCAUAAUCGGUUUUUUAUUGUUAUAAUACAUUAAGUUACUUUGCUAUAAUACUAAAUUAGGAAAAAUUCAUUCAGGUUUUUGUAUUUCUGUUAUUUGUUAUGCUUAAAUAUAAAAUAAAAAAAUAUAUGCAACUU